AUGGAUUUCGCCGCGCUGAUGUCCAAGGAGAUCUCCAAGGCCAAGGGUAGUGAAGCCUCUACUUCCUCCGCCACAGAUACCGGAAAGGGCUCUCCUGCAGCGCCAACAAAGAAAUACCUCCGACGAGGCGAUGUCGAAUCCGCCCGUAUCGAAGCAUACAACAAAGAACAAGCGCGAUUAGCUCGCGAGCGCGAAGAACGCCUGGCAAAUAAGCGCAAGCACGAGGAAGAAGAAGCGGAGCGGAAUCGACAACGCGAGGAGAAAAGGCGAAGGCUAGCCGAGGAGUCCAAGGCGAAGAAAGAAGCGGAGGAGAAAGCAAAGGAACGUGAACGACGUCGGAGGCUUGGGUUACCUGAGCUGCCGGAAGACACCCCAGCCGAGGAGAACGAGGAAGAAGACAUCGAGGAGGAGGAGCUUACCACGAAACUACGGGAGAUGAAUGCGCCAAUAAAACUGUUUGGGGAAGAUUAUCGAGCCCGGCUUCGACGAUACAGGCGUUUGGUUCAACGAGCUGCCGCCCCAAAACAGAAGAUCACAGACGGGCCUAUCCCCACCAGCUUAGAGCCCGUACCUGGUGGGCAGAUGAUCAUCCCGGCGAAGAUUCCGAAAGACCAGGAGGGCCGACUGUUCCUUUUCCGGCAGUUGGCAUCUUACUUUAACAUGGUUCUGUCGGAAUGGGAAAUGGCACUGGCAAAGCGUGAUAUAUCAGUGAAGGAAAGUUUCCAGGGACGGCAAGCGUUCAAUGCCAUGAUCCAGUCACGCGAAAGCAUGAAGCCGUUAUUCCGUCUAUUCGAGAAGUCCGAGCUGGCGGAUGGGUUAUUGGAACCGAUCGUUGAGAUCGUGCACAAGGCACAGCAGCGGCGAUAUGUCGAUGCAAACGAUGCUUAUCUACGAGUGAGCAUUGGUAAAGCAGCGUGGCCCAUUGGUGUGACGAUGGUUGGUAUUCACGAACGAUCUGCACGAGAGAAGCUGCAUCAGAGUGACCAACAGGCGCAUAUUCUCAGUGAUGAAAUUACUCGCAAGUAUCUGCAGAGCAUCAAGCGGUGCUUGAGUUUCGCGCAAGUUCGCUGGCCUCCGGAGGAUCAAUUGCAGGUCAUGGGCUAA